AUGAUUUCAAAAUUGUUUUCAUUGGUGUCAGCAUUUUAUAUUAUUUUCGUUUCCAUUACAUCAGCAACCAAUACAACCGGCAGUGCCGUACAAAUCUCUAAUUCAGUCUUUACAUCAGAUCUACUUCAAGGUUAUCAUGUUUUUAGAAAAUAUCAAGAAACUACAACAUUCGAAUUGUCUUCUUCAUCUGAUGUUUUCGUUAAAAUACCUGGUCUUACUUUUGCUACUCAUCAUUCACAACCAAUGGUAUAUCAACUUCAAUUCCAUGGAACAUGCCAGCAAUACUCAUCUGCAACUCAUAGUUUUAUUCGUUUUCUAAUCGAUAAUCGAGUACUCAUUUCAAAUUAUCUCUUGCCAAACAAUGAUCAACGACAAGCACUUGCUCCUGAACUUGGUAUUAGUAAUUUUUAUGUUGACUAUCGUGGUGGUUCAAUGUCUUACGGUGCUCUUACUACUGUAGCAAUGCCUUGUCCCAAAUCUGACUUGAUUUUGCUCAAAGGAGGAACUCAUAUUAUUGAAGUCGCUGCUCGUUUUGUAACCAAUGGGAAACUUUAUAUCUUUGGCGGUGAGCUGACAGUUCAGAUGAUGCAGUACCAAGUAGGUACUCGCAUUACCAUUCCGAGUCCUAUAAUUCGCGGAUGA